AUGCAUGUACACAUGAUUGAUGACGGAUCCUCAGGAUCCGACAUUGGUGCCACCGUGGAGAAAUCCCACGGCACGGUCAACGAACAGGGCCCGGCGGCCAUGACCGAGACCGACGAGGCGAUGGAGCGGGCCAAAACGGCCAACGCCGUGAUCGGCUUUGCCAAAUCUGCAGCAGAAAAGGAACAACAAAUGACGCUGAUGGAGGGCGUUCGGAUGUAUCCAAAGGCGAUUGCGUGGAGCGUGCUCAUCAGCACCUGCAUUGUGAUGGAGGGCUACGACGUGUGUCUGAUCAACAACUUCUACGGCUUUUCCCAGUUCAACCGCAAGUACGGGCAGCAGCUGCCGAGCGGCGAGUACCAGGUGUCGGCAGCAUGGCAGAGCGGACUCAGCAACGGGGCCAACUGUGGCGAGUUGAUCGGGCUGCUGCUCAACGGCUGGAUCUCAGAGCGGCUGGGCUACCGCUACACCGUGAUCGGCUGUCUGAUGGCGGUGACGGGCUUCAUCGCCAUCUUCUUCACGGCCCAGAGCACGGGCGCACUGCUGGCAGCCGAGAUCCUGUGUGGCAUCCCAUGGGGUGUUUUCCAGACGCUGACGGUCACAUACGCCUCCGAGGUGUGUCCGGUCGCUCUGCGCGGCCAUCUGACGACGUACGUCAACGCCUGCUGGGGCAUCGGCCAGCUGAUUGGCAUCGGCGUCAUCAUGGGCAUGCUCAACCGCGACGACCAAUGGGCCUACCGGAUUCCUUACGCCCUGCAGUGGAUCUGGCCUGUGCCGCUAAUUAUCGGCAUCGCCUUUGCGCCUGAGUCGCCCUGGUGGCUUGUUCGCCGUGGCCGCAUUGACGAUGCCAAGCGCUCGCUGCUGCGCCUCACGAGCCGCCGCCUGCUCGACAGCCACGCCCCCGAUGGCAGCAAGGCCUUUGAUCCCGACGAGACCAUUGCCAUGAUGGUCCACACCACCGCGCUCGAGGCCAACGCCACCAAGGGCGCCAGCUACCUCGACUGCUUCCGCGGUACCAAUCUGCGCCGCACCGAGAUCGUCUGCAUGGUCUGGGCCAUCCAGAACCUCAGCGGCAACUCCUUCAGCAACUACUCGACCUACUUCCUCGAGCAGGCCGGCCUCAGCACCCAUAGCUCCUACGGUUUCGCCCUUGGCCAGUACGCCUUCAACAUUGUCGGCGUCAUCGGCGCCUGGUUCCUCAUGGCCCGCGGCAUCGGCCGCCGCACCCUCUAUGUCGGCGGCCUCUGCCUGCUCUGCGUCAUGCUGUUGCUCAUGGGCUUUCUCGGCUUAGUCCCCGAUUCCCACAAAGACCAGGCCUCUCUGGCCACCGGCAGCAUCAUGCUCGUCUGGGCCCUCUGUUACCAGCUGUCUGUCGGCACCGUCUGUUACUCCCUGGUUGCCGAGAUCUCCACGCGGCGUCUGCAGAUCAAGACGGUCGUCUUGGGCCGCGCUCUUUACAUCAUUGUCGGCAUCGUUGCCAGCGUCCUUAACCCUUACAUGCUCAACCCCGGUGCGUGGAACUGGAGCAACUACGCAGGCUUUUUUUGGGGCGGCAUCUGCUUCCUCUGUAUCAUCUACAGCUACUUCCGCGUGCCUGAGCCCAUGGGCCGCUCAUUUGCCGAAUUGGACCUGCUGUUCGAGUCUGGUGUGAGCGCCCGUAAGUUCAAGUCAACAACAGUCGACGUCUUCGCCCAUGAUAUUAGCUCCGACAUCCUCAGCAACUACAAGAACCAGGUGGAUGUGAACCAUCUCGAAAAAGACCAUGAAAAAGUCUGA